UCUAAGGUAUUAUUAUUCAACAACCCAAAGAAAAUCUGUGGUAAAAAUCGGUAUGUCUGUCGACCUUUUCAAAAACGAGUCGAUGUCUAACAUCACCGGAAGUAUCGUCAUCAGUGAUAGUAAUUCAUCUGGCGAAAUUCCUGACGUUCCGGAAGUAGAUCAGCUGCAAAGGGUGCUGAACGGCCUGGGUUACUUCGACUACUUUUACUUCCCGACCUUCCUGUUGCUUGGCCUUGUAGGAAACACUAUGACUAUCAUCAUCAUGAACAACAAAUCCUUCUCUAAGCUUAAUUCUCGUCUACUUUUGAUUUGUCUGGCUUUUUCAGACACCCUCCUACUUCUCACCCAGCCUUUCAACAAGAAGUUUGUCAUCAAGAUGCUCGGAACAGACCUGCGCGCGCUCUCCGAUAUCGGAUGUAAGACUUUCUUCGUCUUCUUUCGGACCGGAAAGAUGACGUCAUCUUGGAUUGUUGUAUUUCUCUGCGUCGAGCGUUUCGUUGCCGUAUGGUUUCCUUUGAAAGCGAAACGGAUAACUACAAAACUGAGAACUAUCAUAGCACUUAUCGUCGUCUAUUUGGUUAUGAUAACAUUCAAUAGCGUCUGGUCUUUUAGUUCUCUUAUUAUAAACGGCAUGUGUUAUCCCGAUGCAUACGACCGCUCCGAUCCAUUUCUAUCAACCAAGUACGAGAACAUGAUUUACAUGGGCUGUGCCCUCUACUCCAUCGGCCCCAUGUGCAUCAUGGCCGUUCUCACAAUCCUGAUUUUGUACAAACUUGCUGUGUAUCGGCAUAAGAGAAAACAAAUGACGUCACACGCCAGCAAAUCGGAUACCGAAGGCGUGAAAACAACCGCAAUGUUGUUAGGUAUUGUCACAGCUUACAUCGUUCUCGUACUUCCGGUUACGAUGCUUCACUUGAUGGCAUUCUUUUUCAAAAUCAACGCAUUUGGAAAUAACGCAAAAGGGUUCCUGGUCUUCAAAGAAGUAUCUCAACUGUUGGAACAACUCAAUUAUUCCAUCAAUUUUUUCCUCUACAUCACGACUUCAACCCAGUUCCGGGAGGGACUUUAUGACCUCCUUAAGAUCGCUAAAUGUCAGAAAUGCUAUCGAUCAAUCAUGCGCAGCGCUGAUAGCAAUCAACAAACCAACUCGACCAAAAACAACAAAUCCAAAAAAUCGUCCCAGGAGAGAAAUUGUAACGCAAAAGGAAGUCCUAUAGAGGUUGAUGUUGUUAACGGCGAUCAACAUGGAGGAGCAGAUGGCGCUGAUGAAAAGCCGAUGCCCUUCUUCCAAGUUGAACCAGAUAAGGGGCCCUCAUUAAAUGCAAUGAACAAUCAACUGUGACGUGACAGGCUCUCGAUAUUCCGUCUUUGCGUAUUGCAGAGUUAUCUUCUCUUGGGAGCAGGUAUUGAUUGUUACGUCAUUUGUUUGUAAG